ACAUAUUGGGAUAGAAAACAAAGGUGAAAGAUAAAUGUAUCAAGGAAAAACGAAUUAACGCCAGUAGAUGGCAGUGGAUUCCACAUCAUCCCAACCCGACCCUUCUUGUUGCUAUGACAACGUUCAACAGCCAGACUGAUGAUCCAAACGAACGAACUCCUCACAAAGUAACUCGGGCUUCGUCCGUUGAUAAGAGACACUGAACAAGAUGUCCACCUCCGCAAGCAUGUUGAAGAAACGUAGGCCUUCUCUGAAGGUUACGUCUUUGAAUGACAGCAAGGCCUCAGACAAAGGUUCUCUGCAAACCCCAAGACCAACUGUCAAGGUGCUUGAUGAAAAGGGCGAGGAUGUCACCCCUAAGCUCCUCUUCCAACCCGACCCAGGGUCCAUCCAGAUCAAACACAAGAACAUCUUGGCCAACGAUGCUUCUGCUGGCACCUCGUCCGAUUUCCUCUCAACUCUAUUCCAGUCAACCGCCAACACAAGUUUCUCGAUGCCCUUCAACAGGUCCUUCCUUGGCAGCAGCACAGUAUCCAGAUCAAGCCAGUCCACCAUGGAGUCCCUAACUGAAGACAUUGAGGAUCCUGCCUCAAAAAGAGACAUUCAUAUUACCCACUUAGAGUGCCACGGGAAAAGGGAGGAGGUGAAGGAGGAGUGGAGCGAAGACAUGCUGGACGACAUUGUUGACUGCUACAUCACGGAGACAGACACCAUCACACUCUUGGAAAUGCCUGGCGUCUCUGUGUCGGUGGAUGCAGAGGAUGCAGAUGCUGUUAGAGAAAGAAACCGCAUCUAUGCUGAGCUCUGCCAGAACAGGAUUGGCAAUGAUAAGUACAUGGAUCGGUCGAUGCAGACGUUCAACGGAGUGUCUAAGACCAAGAAGACCCAGACUGACAAAGUCAACAUGGUGGAUGCAGCAUCCAUGGCAACCGUCUGGGACCUGUACGACUCCUUCUGCGGUGGUGAUCAGGAGGGGACCCUGCCCGCUGAGGACCCCAUGGUGGACAAGCUGGGCUUCCCAGAGGCUGCGAUGGGGGCCCAGGGGGAACCAGAGAAGACCCCGUCACUGGUCAACACCUGCAGCUUUGCCAGCACGGCCAGCUCACGGAUGGAGACAGAGAUAUUCCUGGUGCGGGUGGAGGACGAGCCAGACCCGGCGCUAAUCCUGAACUCUGAGAGCUUCCGGCACAGCCUGCUGGUCAUGGAGAGGACCGUCCUGGCAAACAUCUACCAGCCAAGGCUGGCCGCAUACAGACAGCUACCUGCACUCGUACCUGCACUGGAACUGAAUGAUGAACCUGAACAAGACGGAGGUGUGGCAAAGCCCAAGAUAAAGGUCCCUAGUGGGGAGGAGAGAAUAGAGAGCCCCCUGCCUCCAGUGCUGGAGCUGCUCUGGGGCUUCAGCUGUGACCUCACCACCGGACACGAGGUCAGCUGCAUGGCCUGGAACAAGAAGUGUCAGGACCUCCUGGCUGUGGGCUACAGUCACUCCAAAGACAGCAAGGAAGGGCUGGUGUGUUGCUGGUCCCUCAAAAACAUCACAUGGCCCGAGUGUGUUUUCCGGAGCCAGAGCAGCGUGACUGCCCUGGACUUCUCGGCCAGUAGGCCCAACCUGCUGGCCGUGGGGCUGCAGGACGGCUGCAUCGCCCUGUACAACCUCAGCAGCCCAGAGAAGAGCCCAGGCACAAGUGAAAACGUCCAUAAGCACGUGUGGCCCCUGCAGCAGCUGCGCUGGACGUACCAGGAGCAGGGCUUCUCCAGGGAGGAGAAGCAGGAGGUCCUCAUCUCUGUGUCUGGGGACGGCCUGGUCAGCCAGUGGACCCAGCACAAAAGGCUUGAUUGCACAGACCUGAUGCAGCUAAAGAGGACGGCUGUGGAGAAGAAGAGAGUUGGGGAGAAGGAGAGGAACCAAGACAUAUUCAUAUCCAAACUCACUCCCGGACUUUGCUUUGACUUCCAUCCUGUGGAAUCCAGCCUCUACCUUGUGGGCACCGAGGAGGGCAACAUCCAUGCAUGCUCAAGCUCCAACCACGAGCAGUAUCUGGAGACCUACCAGGCACACACGCAACCCGUGCACCGAGUCACAUGGUCCCCCUUCAGCACCGACGUCUUCCUCAGCUGCUCUUCUGAUUGGUCCAUCCGGCUGUGGAGGCGGGGCAUUAACAAGUCGGUGCUGGACCUCACCUCCACCUACAGCGGCGUCUACGACGUAGCGUGGUCGCCCAGGCGGGCCACCGUGUUUGCUGCCGUCAAGCAGGGGCAGGUGGAGGUGUGGGACCUGGGAUCCAGCAUCCUGGACCCCCUUAUCGUGUACUCGGCUCAGCCAGGGUCCAAUCUGACGUCCGUGCUGUUCACCGCCAACACCGAUGGGCUCUUGGUGGGGGACAGCACCGGGAUGGUCAGCGUGUACCAGCUGCAGAACAUCACCAUGGGAGAAGACACUCAGGAGGACACUUUGGAAGACAUCAUUAACUCUUCUCUGGCGAAGCAGCUGUGAGCCGUACGGACGGACGGACGCACACACACAUACAUGCGAACAGACACACAUGCACACACACAUAUGCGAACACACACACACACACCUAUGCGAACACACACAAACA